AUGGCGCCGUUCCCUUCGCGGCACCUGCGCAAGCCCAGCGACUCGCUCCUGCCGACUAUCCACUCGCCGCCGUCCCUCUCGCUCUCGACCUCGUCAGCCCACUCGUACCCUCCGCUCCCGCCCUCGAACCCCGCCUCGCCGCGCCCGUCCUCCCCCAUGCACGAGACGCCCCUCCAGCGCGCGCAGAGACUCGACCCGAAGAGGCUCUUCGGCGGGAUGAAGGCGCCGACGCACGGCAGCACUGCUGGAGUCGGAGGAGUGACUGCCGAGAGCAGGGAGACGGUCAGGCGGUGUCUCGAGGAGAACCACAUCCACGCACACACGUUUUUCAACGACAAGGGCUUCCACAACCACUGCUCGCAUCACCUGCUCGGCGCCUACUCGCUCGGCGCCUCUCCCGCCCUCCUCGAUGAUAUCCUCAAGCUGCACCAUGAGACGGCUUUCAAACCGAUGCCGCCGAUGGCGCCGGUCGAGAUUGACGAGGGGAACUGGACUGAACACCUCGGAGACGAGCGCUACUACCCCAACUACCUCAACUUCUUCCACCGGCUCAUCUCGACCCCUCCCGCCCCUCACUCGCCCUACUACGGCCGCCACGCCUCGUCUGCCGUGCCCGUCAUCGAGCAGUACCUCUUUGGUGGAGAGGGACAGAUGCUUGUCCGCGCUGUGAGCGGCGCGAUUCACCCGCUCAUUCACAUCGGACAUGGAGUCGAGUUUGGGCUGGACGAGCACGUUGCAGAGGGCCUCGCCAUGUGCGCGGUGCACGAUGCACGCGUCGCCUCGCUCUUCCCGGAAGAAUGGCCUCCUCGCCCUCCCAAACCUUCGCAACUCCAAUCGACCCUCUCGUCCGCCUUCUCGAGCCUCCGUUUCGCCGCCAACGGCCUCCUCUCGAACGGCCACUCGUCCUCACCCUCUGCCGCCUCUCCCCCCGCACCCGCCUCUACUGCCCCCUCCGCAUUCUCCACCUCCUUCCCGACCGCCUCCCCGACCGACUCCUUCGCACGCACAGCCGCCUCGCUCCCCCGCGACCGGCGAUACCCGCGCGAGGGCUUGAGCGGGUUCACGAUCCUCGCGCGAAUCCUGCACGACGAUGCGCUCGCCCCAGGCAAUGCAGGGCAGCUGUCCGACAUGCCCAAGCUCGAUGCGGUGUUGCGGAACCGCGCAGGCCGGAUCGUGCAGUGGUGCGAGGAGUGGAAGUUCUCGACGGAGAAAUCGAGUGGGUGGGAAGAUGCGGAGCAGAGUGAGAGGAGGAAGCGCGCGGCGAGGGGCAUGAGGGGCACGCCGAGUUGGGACGAGUGCGUCGAGAAGUGUGAAGAGCUGUUUUGGAUGGCGACGGUCGUUUAUGCGGCGGCGACCAGGCCCGGGUACAAGGACAUCAAGCUGGACUUUUUCGACAUGCACGGCCUGACGAGCGUCCUCUUCCUCCCGCCCCUGCUCGAGGCCAUCUCGCCCCACCUCCGCCCGUACCUCCUCGUCUCGCAUUUCCGCAUCCUCAUCGCGUACUGGAUCUCUCGUGGACGUCCGGAACUGUACAUCACCGAGACCCUCAUGGCUGCGUCCGCUUACCCCCGCCCGCCCACCCCGGCUCUCUCCUCCUCCCGUCUGCGCAAGACCGCCGUCCGCCGCGCACUCGACGAAGCGCUCGUCGACCGGCACUCGAACCAGCACGACCCGCACGAGUCGCGGCCGACUUCGCCUUCCUCUCACGGGGUGAAGCAGAACGUCCUCAAUGAGGGAUACGUCGAGUCUCCACUGACGCCGAAAGCGUCGGACGAUCACCCGCUUUCGGCUGCAAAUGGGUUCCAUGGCUCGGCGCAGGAGGAGGAAGAGCAGGAUGACGAGCGCGUCGACGAGGCUGCGAACCCGUGGAUGAAGGUCCUCGCGAGCGCCGUCGAUCACCACGACGAGCACGUCACUAAAGUCGUCCGGUCGCUGUUCUUCGCCGCGACGCACUUUGGACAUUCGGAGAAGGGAAUGUUUACGUCGAGCUUGCCGGGGACCGAGGCGAUGGACGGGACUAUCUUCAUUCGCGCCGCCGGCUUGACGCUCGACUCGAUGGGCUGGGCACACGAAGGCGACUCUGGCCACCCGGGCUCAUGGGACCGCUCCGCCCUCGGCUACCCCUCAACCUGGGACGACUCGGAGCUCCUCCCCGGCGCGUCGUGGCCUCCCCCUUCGCGCGGCGGAGUCGACAGGAAGGGCAAGAGUCGCGCUUCGAGUUUCGCGUCGAACGGGACGAGCGCGGGAAUGCGUACCCGCAGCGGGACGGUCGUUGCGAGUCCGACGAUGGCGAGUCCGCAGAAUGGGUUUGCCGGAGGACAGCAACACGAUCUUGGCGGCGCGCUCCUUGCGCCGAGACAGUCGUUCGCGCCGGGAAGUCGCUCGGCGUCGCCGUCGCUUUCGGCAAGGAGUCGUAGCCCGAGUCCGGGAGUUGGCGUGGCGGGGAGUAUUGAGGGGAGGCAGGGGUGGAGGAAGGUUGGGGAGGUCGUGACGGACGAGGAGAGGGAGAGGCUCCACCGCUUCGACACUAUCAACAUCGCCGCCGCAUAG